UUCAAAAUCAACGACAGCGACAUCUUGUUCACAUCAUCAUCAUCAUCAUCAUCAUCAUCAUCAUCAACAUCAUCCAUCGAAUUCAAGUAAAUCAUCAACCGGUAGUUCUGUUGGUGGUGGUGGUUCAAUAACCGGUACAUAUCAAUCAAGAUCCAAUAAUCAUCAACAAAAACGGUCACAGGGAACAACAACUACAGUGAAAGGUGGUAAUGUUGUUGGUCAAACAAUAAACACACGAUCACAGCAAAUAAAAUCACAAUCAAAUAGUAACGAUAAUGGAUACAAAUAAUCAUCAUUGAAUGAAAGCCAUAGAAAAACAAACAAAAAACAAAAUUUGAGACAUUCCAUGUGAUGGAGAUUUCGUUAUGUAAUUUGAAUCUGAUCAACGGCUACAACCACGGUCACAACACACACACACACUUACAUAUACACAUUAUCAUCAUCAAGAACAGACAACAGGACACAACCAAACAAUUUAUUAAAUGUUUCAAUCGGAAUAGAAAUCAACAUCAUCAUUGUGGACGAUAUUAUAGUCGUAAAAAUCAUGGUCAACAAUUAGAACCUUAUCGUCAUUCUAUCAAUAAUGUUAGAACACAAUCAAUCAAUCUAGAUGAUGAAAAUGAACCAGAUGAUGUUAUUAUCGAUAUAUUAGAUGAUCGACCAUUAACUUAUUUUGUAUUUCCAAUGGGUAAUAAAACAAUAUCACCAGCUACACCACCAUCACCAAGAUUAGUUACAUUUAAAAUGGCCGAUUCACCUAAACGUCGAUUAUAUCGUCCAUUAAGACGUUAUCGUCAAAAAUUAACAACAAUUGUUGAAAUGGGUUCCAAUGAAAUUUGAUCAAUCAAUCAAUCAAUCACACGCACACACACA